GUAGGGCCUAGCUAUUAUGUAUUUAUAUUAUCUAUGUCACGGUGCACUCAUUACAAGCUGUGCUUUCUGAGUUGCUGCAUGCCUCUAUUGUUUUAUUCAAGUUCUUGCUCUUAUCGUUGGAAAUAAAUGUACUUUCAUUCAUCUAUCCAUCACUGACUGAAAAACAGACUAAGCUAGUAAAGAAGUUAGAGAUCGAAUGGUCAUGCGAAUUCAUAUUGUUAAUGUUGCACUGCUUAAAAGUGGCCGUCUGAUCAGCUGUUCCAGUAUUUUCUUAAGACAAACUUUCAUAAUUUCAGUGAUCUGUGAGAACAGUUACUGCCAUGGAAGGAGGGGAUAAUCAAAAGGAUGAUGCAACAUCCGAGAGUCUUAAACUGCAGGAAGAACUACAAGAUAUACAAUCAUCAGGUGACCAAAGCAGCAGUGAGCAAGCCACCAAGGAAGGAACUGAAACAGAUCAUAUGAUUCCAAAUAUCAAAGAAGAGAAUGCAGCCUCUUCAACUUCAACUGGAGAAGAAAAAUUGGCUGCAGAUAAUUCUUCCCAUUGUGACACAGAAGACAAUACAGAUGAGGUGAUAGACAAGAGACAAGGUUCCGAUGAUGAAGGCUCAAAGGAUGUCGAUGAGGAUGAAGAUAUGGAAGGAGAAGAUGAAGGGACCAAACAUCAGGGACGGGAGGGAGAAUUCACAUCUGAGAUAUUCAAAAUCAUGCUGAGAAAUCUACCAACAAGAUUUGGGUUUCAGCAAUUACGGAAGAUGUUAGCAGGUCUACAGCUCAAGCCAAAGAAGUUGAAAGCUCUUAGAAAUAAGGAUUAUGCCUUUGUUACUUUUUCAUGUGAGGAGGACAGACAGAAAGCAAUGGAAGUUCUCAACAAGCAUGUAUGGAAAGGAAGACGAUUAUCAGCUAAGUUUGCCAAGCCAAAUGAGGAUCCUAUGGUAGCUCUGAAACGCAAACAAGAGAAUCAAGGAGGAGGGGGCAAGAAGACCAAAGGGGAUCAAGAUACUGAUGAAGAUCUUCCAAUAGAAGAUAGAUUAAACAAUGCAGUCACUCCUCUGUGGAAACAAGAUUACCAGGAUCAACUCAAGGAAAAGCGGCAAAUCAAAGAAGAUUUAUUAAGAAGGCUUGCCAUAAUGUUCUUCAAUGAUAUACCUGCAAUGCGUACUCACAUCAGUGAACAGAGGGAGAAAUAUGAUGGCUUAUGUUGUCAACUGGAAGAUAUUAAACCAUCGCCUAUAGUGACCGGUUAUCGGAACAAGUGUGAAUUCUCAAUUGGAAAAAAUCCAGAUGGAGAAGAAAAAACUGUCGGUUUUCGUCUUGGUCUAUAUAAAGGUGGUCAGAUAUCAGUAGUGAAUCCAUCUGCAUGUCCCAAUGUACCAGGAAAUUCCAAAGCUGUUGUCCAAUCCUUCCAGACCUAUAUUAGACAGUCUAGUCUUUCUGCAUAUGACCCCAUGACCCAUAGAGGACACUGGAAGAUGUUAACGGUCAGAACGACCCAAGGGUCAGGGGUCAUGGCCAUGGUAACCUUUCAUCGGCAGUCCCUCGCUGAGGAUGAUGUGGAGAAAGAGAAGCAGAAGCUUGCUGAAUAUUUUGGAGAAGGGGAAGGAAAGUCUUGCGGCAUCACCUCUCUUUUUGUGCAUGUGCAGUGGCAAGGGGACAAAAAUGCCAUUAAGUUUGAUCAUAUUCACGGAGAUCGUUACAUCACUGAGGACUUACUGCAGUUGAAGUUCAAAAUAUCCCCCGAAGCUUUCUUUCAAGUGAAUACACCAGCAGCUGAGCUUCUUUACACAACAAUAGGUGACUGGGCUCAAGUCACUAAAAUAACAACACUUCUAGAUAUCUGCUGUGGUACUGGAACAAUAGGAAUCUCUCUCGCCAAGAGAGUAGAUAAGGUGAUUGGAGUAGAAAUGACCGGACAGGCUGUAGAAAACGCUAAAGAGAAUGCUGCAAUAAAUGGUGUGGACAAUGCAACAUUCUACUGUGGCAAAGCAGAAGACCUAUUGCCAGGGAUUACCAAUAGGCUUCAUAACAGUCUUGAUGUCGUAGGAAUUGUAGACCCACCCAGGGCAGGAUUACAUCAACGUGUUGUCCAAGCAAUCAGAAGAUGCCCAAAGUUAAAUCGUCUCAUUUAUGUAUCGUGUGAUGCAAAGCAAGCCUCCAACAAUUUUCUGAAUUUGUGCAGAUCAAUGUCAAAGAAGCAGAAAGGAGUUCCGUUCACAUUAGUCAAGGCAAUCCCAGUCGACCUGUUUCCACACACAAGCCAUUGUGAGCUGGUUCUGCUCUUUGAGAGAAACCUCGGUAAAAAGAUUGACACCAACAGCAAUAGCUCAUCUUCAUAGUAACAAGCUAAUCACGGUUCCGAUGGUAGAUACAAUUGCAAAAUUAACAAGAGUUAUAACUCUUUAAAAAUGGACCCAAGGAUUUUUCAUCACUAUAUCAUUUGCAUAGCUUCAUUGAAUGAAGGUGAUGCCAAAGGCAUUGAUAUAAUUGACAGCAAAAUAUAAACAAAUCUUAAUCAUAGCAAUGAUAGCAGACUUAAAUACAUUAGCAUUAAUCUGGUUAUAUUCACCUGUAUUCAUCUCAAUCCUAUGUGCCUUUGGUGAGGUCUACAAUAACAGCCACUAAACCAGACAUUGAUAUUGACAUCAGAACACUAGAGGAAUAGGGAUGAGAUCAUGAGACAUAUUUUAAAAAAUAUAUUGCAUAAUGCCUGUUUAUGCUCUGCAUGACAUACAUGUAUCAAAUCGUAGACUUCCUGCAAGAAGGGACCUAAAUGUGACGUCAUUAUGAUGUAAUAAGCAAAAAAUUCUAACGUGCUUUAUGCAUAUAGAUGCGUCCUUUUUCUGGAAUCUGGAUCGCGCACUCACAUUUGCGACUUUUUUUCCGGGAACUAGAUCAGUGGAUUGCGUAUUUUUCUUCCCGGAAAAAGGGCAUACAGUAUUCAUUCUUAAGAUUAGAAACCGUUAAGAGAGUUUUAAAUAAAAUAUCAAUUAAGAAAAAAUCUUGCUUUGUCAGAAAAUUUGAGAAUUAGGACAGAAAAUAAUACGCUAGCUGCUAAAAGCACAAAAACAAGGUCAAAACAUAAUCUGCGUUUUCUCGAAAAUGUAUGUUUUGCGCAUGUGUGCGCUUAGUCCCUUCUUGCGGGAACUUGACAAAAUGAUGAAUGGAUUGGCCAGUGGUGGACACAUAUGUAUUGGGGAAUAGGCAUGCACCAAAUAACACUGGACAGUUCCCCCCCCCCCCCAUCUAGGAAUGGUGAUGACUACCGUAUUUGUGUUUGUCAGAUUUUCGUGGAAGAAAUUUGUUGAUCCAUCCUACAUAACUGGACCAUUUUCUAGGGGGGAGGGCUUCUUCAUUGACCCCCAUAUUUCAUGAAAUCCUUGAUCUGGCCACAACCCUGUAUAUGUACAUGUAUGCCGUACCAAAUGAAACUUUGAAUAUAUUGUAUUGCUUUGCUUUUUUUUAUUUAGGGAUUCACUAAUGAAUACCUGUAACAAAUAGAAUUCAGAAUUAAA